UGACGGAGCCGCCCGGGCUGAAAGGAGUCGGCGGGGACCUCCGAGACCCCCGCCGCCGUCCCCGGCGCCGAGCACGGCAGCAAGAUGCAGCGGCUUGAAGCGGUCCCUGUCCCUCCGGACGCUGCUGUGGAGCAAGAGCGUGGCGAGCCUCUUCCCGUGGGCGGAGGCGGGGUGUGCAGGGCCCCGUUUCCCCCACAGACACACGGCUUCCAGCAGUACGUCUUCAAGAAGCAUUGUCCCUGCGAGCUGUGCCGGCAGCUCAUCGCAGGGCCUGCGGUGCAAGGCCGGCGUGCAUCUCUGGUGCUUGGAGGGGAUUUCGCACCAGCAGUGCCCCGGAAAGACGACCCUGACAAGAGUGUGGACUCGGUGUACGAGGCACUACAGUUCAGCACCUCCCUGGCACACGGCACCAGCCCCACAAAGCUGACCACUGGCAUCCAGCGCGUCCACCCCGGUGAGAGCAUGUGGAGGAGCUGUCAGGCCAUGCCGGGCAACAGGGAGCAGGGGCGGAUCAGCCUCCGCCUGAACCAGCUCAGGCAGAAUGCCAUGCCCAGAGCUCAGCCAGGACAAUGUAUUUCAGCAACAUGCCCAAGGGAGCCAAGGGCAUCCUGGCUUGUAUCAGAAAUGGUGUGACCAGCAGGCCCAAGGCAUGCAGAGCCACCACCACCAGCCAGCUGCUGGAACAACCCGCCUGCAGAGUUUCCUACAGAGAAUCCACAAUCCAGAG